AGGGUGUUUUGGUCAUUAAUUGGACUAUUUGGUCUUUUUAGGCGAUUAAAAUAAUAAAAUUAGUAAACAAAGAAGAUUAUAAUACUAUAGGUUGUGGUCAGGGUCAGGACAGAGAGAGCCAAGCGCUUACCCUCUUUUGCUUUCUUCAAGACAUCUCUCUUCUGAACUCUUUUCAAGACUUCCAAAUUUUGUUUUUAAAAUCGAAAAAUCGAAAUUAUUAUUUUCGAACAAUAAAUAUAAAUAAACAGCGAAUAAAAGUUUACGGCAAAAAAGAAAAAGAAUCGAAGUUAAAACGAGUUUGGUCGGUCUGGUUGGAAGGUAGAGAAAGAAGAAGAAAAAACUAUUCCAACCACAAAAUUAUUGUUAUUACAAAAAAAUAAUAAAAACUUUUUAAAUAAUUUUAAAAAGAAAAUAAUAAUUUAUUAAUUUAAAAAAAUGUCUUUAUGCUGUAAGAGAGUUUUUUUGUUUUUCCAACUGCUACCCUUGUUCCUCCAUCUUCAUCUUCUUCAGACAGAUCUCUUCUCAACCACAUUACUUCUGGUUUCUCCAACCAUGAGGAAAGGGAGAGGUUCCUCCGCCGUUCCACCCGCUCUUCCGGUAACCGCCAACGGAUCCGUGAAGGAGCCGAGGUAUAGAGGCGUUAGGAAGAGACCAUGGGGCCGAUUCGCCGCAGAGAUCCGCGAUCCGUUAAAGAAAUCCCGAGUCUGGCUCGGCACGUUCGACUCCGCCGUGGAAGCUGCACGCGCCUACGAUCAAGCCGCUCGUAACCUCCGUGGUCCCAAGGCCAAAACCAAUUUUCCGAUCGACUGCUCUCCGUCUUCCCCUCUCCAACCACUCUAUCACCAGAACCAUCAGAAUCUUCGAUCGGCGAAUCAGAGCCAGAUCGAUCCGUUCAUGGACCAUCGGUUAUACGGCGGAGGAGGCGAGCAGCAGAUUAUCAGCCGCCCGGCGAGUAGCAGCAUGAGCAGCACCGUGAAAUCGUUUAGCGGGCAGAGGCCGUCUUCUUCCGUGGCGAAGCCGUUACCCGCGGCGAAGAGGUAUCCGCGGACUCCACCGGUGGCCCCGGAGGAUUGCCACAGCGACUGCGAUUCGUCGUCGUCGGUGAUUGACGAUGGAGACGACAUCGUUUCGUCGUCUACGAGAAGGAAACCGCCGUUUCAGUUUGAUCUUAAUUUUCCGCCGUUGGAUGGCGUUGACUUAUUCGAUGAUGAUCUCCACUGCACCGAUCUACGUCUUUGAUUUGUGGGUAUUGAGAAAAAAAAAAACAUCCGUGAUUUACAAAAAAAAAAAAAAAAUCUCAAAUUUUUAAUUUUCCUUUGGUCUUAUAUUGAAAGUAAAUUAAAAGAAGGAAUUAAAAAGAAAGUGAGAGCGAUGAUGAUUAUCAUGGUUGUGAAUCACAAUGACAAUGAAGAUGAUGACGAUAUAUAAAAAAAGAGAGAUUAUGUGUAAGAUCUGUUACUGUAAGAACCAGAUCUAUCUUUCAUUUGUCUGUUUCUUAUAAAGAUCAACCCUUUGUUACUUGUAACAUUCUAUAGCUGAUUAUGAUUCUUAAUGAUUCAAAUAGAUUAUCCUUGA